UAAUUAAUCUCUACGCUUCUCUCUCUGCAAUUACUCCUUGAGAGCAUCUCUCUCUAGAAUAUUGAGUAUUGCUGACUUAAGCAUUGGAGUGUUUUCCCCGAGGAAACAACCUUGGGAUUUUCAGGUGUGGAAGCAGCCAAGGACUUCAACAGUGUUGGACUGCGAAGCUGCCCAAACAUUUGGCGCCGUCUGUGGGAAACUUGAACAAAAAGUUGUGUAGCUUAAUCUGUUGAAAGACAAAAUGGUUCGGACUUUUACAGGAGGUCGCCCCCCAAGAAAUAAAGUAGACGAACAGGAGAACACUCAAGUAUCUGAGCUUGGUUUGAAUGACUUUAGGCCAAUGCCAAGAAACCUCUUCGUUGGGGGAGCCGAACAGGAUCACCUCAGUGAAACAGAUGACGAAAGAACACCAACUGGGUAUGCAACCCAGCCUGAACAGUUCCAAGUUCCGACGAGAACAAGACAAAGACCUCCUAUACCGCACAAUUCACAGCAUGAACGACCUAAAAGGUCAACAGAACUUGCUCGGACAGCCGAGCUCGAAGAGAGAACCAGAGUUCUCGAAAUGGCAAUGGGUAAAAUCCUUGCCCGUCUGAUUCCUGAUGACCCCCUGAUUCCUUUGUUGAACAGGGAUGCACAACCAGCUGCGGUUGUUGCAACUCGAAAUUCCCCCGCUUUAAGUAACGUAAUGGUGCCGACCAGGCCAAGGGGAAGUGGGAAGCUGAAUAUUGAGCCCAGCUCGUCUAAGCCUAGUGAAGAGCUGAUGAGAAAGAACGCGGACCUAGAAAGACAGUUGCGAGAUGUGCAAAAGUCUAUUGACGAGUUGAAAAGUCCCAGGUCGCACCAACAAACUCUGGAUUUGGAUAGUGCCCCUUUAAACCUGUCCAUUACAACAGAGCCGUAUCAAGAGGGAUUCAAAAUUCCCCACCUGGAGACAUAUGACGGCUCUGGUGACCCUGAUGAACAUUUGCAUACCUAUCAAGCCAUCAUGAGAAUCCAAAAUGCCAAUGAUGCCAUGAUGUGCAAAGUGUUCCCAGCAACACUCAAGUCAAUAGCUAGGAGGUGGUAUCACAAACUCCCCAGACAUUCCAUAGAUUCAUAUUCCCAGCUCGCCAAGUUAUUUUCCAACAAAUUUGCAAGCCAAAGGGAGAUUAAACGCACGGCGACCGAGCUGAUGCAAGUUCACCAGAAAGAGGGGGAAUCUUUGAAGGACUACAUGCAGCGAUUUAACAAAGCCACAUUAGAUAUCGAUAAUGUCCCUGAUACCAUCUGCUUGUCGGCCCUGCUGCACGGUCUGAAGCGCGGCAGGUUCCUAGAUGACUUACUGGAAAAUCCACCAAAGACGUGGAACGAAGUCAAUGACAGGUCUCAAAUUCUAGCACAAAUCCAGCACUGGGUUAGAAGACCCCCACCCCCGGUGCAUGAUUCCCCGCGAGCAGACAAGAGCAAGCAUUGCGACUACCAUCGUGUAUACGGUCACAACACAGAAAACUGCCAACACUUAAAGGACGAGCUGGAGUUUUUAGCUCGCACUGGGAAAUUAGAGGGAUAUGUUCAGAAGCCUCAUACCCAGCAACCGACUCAAAAUCACUUCGUGCAGGGGUAUGACCGACCUCAGGGGCAGAGGUACCAGCUCGGCAACACACAAGGCAUGUAUCAAGAUAACCAAUAUCCUUCUGAGCAAGGCAGAACGUACAGGGGCUGCCAAUUCAAUAGGCGAGUCCAAGGGGGCCAAAGUGCCCGGGCACGGAAGGCAUAUGCUCGACAGGUGAUGACGGUUAACAAAAACAGGCCUCUGAAGCGACCAUUCGAGGAGGCGGAGUGGGAGAACACACCCAUUACAUUCAGCCCGACAGAUUACAAACGAGCAGAUGGAGAGCCUGACGUCAUGAUGCCACAUGCAGAUCCUUUCGUGGCAACGGUUCAUAUAGGCAACCAUAACGUCAACAAGGUCUUCAUCGAUACGGGUAGCUCGCCAGAUAUCCUGUACUGGAGUUGCUUCCAGAAAAUGCAGCUAAAUCCGAGCUCGCUGCAAAAGCACGAAGGGCCUAUAUAUGGGUUUGACAAUCAGCCCGUGCCGGUUGAAGGAGUAAUUACCCUUCCCAUCUAUGUGGGCUCGGAACCAAGGUUCAGGAUGGCUUCUGUCACUUUCCUGGUCGUCAAGAUGGAGUCAGCUUUCAACGCUAUACUGGGAAGAGCCACUCUUUACUCUUUGCGAGCUGAAGGCUGUCAUAUCACAACCCCAUCUUUGCAUGAAAUUCCCAACUCCUCAGGGGUCAAGAUCGGCACCAAGCUCACAGAAGAAGAGCGAGCAGAGCUUCUGAAGUUUUUGAGGGUCAAUCAAGAUGUGUUCGCGUGGACUACUGAUGAAAUGCCUGGCAUCCCAGCGAAACUGACAAAACAAGCUGCCAUAAACGAGGAGAUACAGAAGCUGCUACAAGCAGGCUUCAUCAGGAGAGUGAAGUACUCUGAGUGGGUAUCUAACCCCGUGCUCGUCAAAAAGUCGAAUGGCAAGUGGAGGAUGUGUAUUGACUUCACCAACCUCAAUGACGCAUGUCCAAAAGACCCUCACCCCUUGCCAAAUGUGGAGAAAUUGGUGGAGCGAGCAGCUGGGCAUGAACGGAUGAGUUUCCUUGACGCCAGCUCGGGCUAUCACCAGGUUCAGUUGUUGUUGAACGACCAGGAGAAGACAGCUUUUUACGCUGGUGAUGCAAUCUACUGCUAUGUCAUGAUGCCGUUUGGCCUCAAAAAUGCUGGAGCAACAUACCAGAAGCUGGUGCAAAUCAUCUUUAAGCUCCAGAUCGGCAGAAACAUAGAAGUAUAUGUGGAUGACAUGAUAGUCACCAGUGUGCGAGCUGAGGAUCACAUAGGCGACCUGCAUGAAACUUUUCAAAACCUACGCCGAGCCGAAAUGAAGCUGAAUCCUUUGAAAUGCACGUUUGCUGUGGAAUCAGGGAAAUUCCUAGGAUGCGUGGUAUCCAAGAAAGGAAUUGAAGUGAAUCCAGAGAAGGUCCAAGCCGUUCAGCAGAUGGAGCCACCCAAGACCGUUCUUCAAAGCUCGGCUCUGCGGGAGCCUAAGAACUUCCACUGGACUGUUGAAUGUCAACAUGCGUUUGACGAGCUCAAACAAUAUUUAGCAUCGGCACCCCUGCUGUCCAAGCCUGUCGACGGGGAAUGUUUAUAUCUUUAUCUGGGGGUCACUGAAGAAGCAGUGAGUUCAGUGCUACUGAGGGAAGAGAAUAAGAAUCAGAAGCCUAUUUGCUAUGUGAGCAAGGUGUUACAAGGUGCCAAGCAGAACUACCCGCUAGCGGAAAAGGCUGCUUUUGCUUUAGUCUGCAUAGCUCGUAAGCUGAGGGCUUAUUUUCAGUCUCAUCAGAUUGUCGUUUAUACUGAUUUCCCGCUGAGGAAAAUAUUGCAGAAGCCAGAACUCUCUGGUCGGCUCAUCGGAUGGAGUGUCGAGCUGAGUGAGUAUGACCUCAAAUUUCAGUCGCGCACAACUAUAAAAGGCCAAGCUGUGGCAGACUUCUUGGUUGAAUGUGCCCCGACGGUUGUGAAAGAAAAGGCACCUGAACACCCAGUUUGGGUUUUGUAUGUAGAUGGGGCUGCUAAUGUCGAAGGAUCGGGUGCUGGAGCUGUGUUAUUGGGCCCUGAUGGCUUUAAGUCCGAACACGCACUGAGCGACUCUCAGCUCGUUGUGGGCCAGGUGAAUGGCAGUUGUGACAUUAGGGAUCCCCAGCUCGGUCGUUAUGCCUCUGUGGUCAACAGAUUGAAAUCAGCAUUUGUUCUUUUCCAAAUUGAUAAAAUACCAAGAGCGGAUAACCACCGAGCUGACGAGUUGUCAAAGCUGGCCUCCUCGCAAGACCUUAACCCUCAGAGAUCGACAAUUGUCGAGAUACUCGACGCGCCGAGCUACACUGAUUCCACAGUCGAAUGUCAGCUGCUGAGCACAGAUCCCUCUGCACCGAGAUGGAUCACCUCGCUCAUAAAUUAUCUGCAAAGUGGUGAGCUACUUGAAGACCAGUCCGCUGCAAAAUUGGUUAAACGCAGGGCGGCACAUUUCACUUUGUUAGAUAACCAGCUCUACAAACGAGCAACCUCAAUGCCCCUAUUACGCUGCCUUACUCCUUACGAAGCCGAAUACGCUGUGAGGGAAGUUCACGAAGGAGUAUGUGGCACACAUAUAGGCGGUAGGACUUUAGCUCGGAAACUCCUGAGGCAUGGAUAUUACUGGCCAACCAUGGUUGAGGACGCGCAGAGCUAUGUCAAAAAGUGCCCAACCUGCCAGUUCAACGCUGAUGAUAUUCACAUGCCAGGGGAAAUGCUCUCGUCUUUCUCAUCUCCCUGGCCUUUUGCUCAAUGGGGUGUCGACCUGCUCGGCCCUUUCAUCAAAGGCAAAGGAGGCUGCACUUUCCUAGUCGUUGCAGUGGAUUACUUCACUAAGUGGAUAGAAGCUAAACCAUUAUCCACAACAACAGAAAGGAAAAUAGAAGAAUUCUUGUUCAAUUCAAUAUUGUGCAGGUUCGGCAUACCUAGGCGAAUUAUCGCCGAUAAUGGGCCACAGUUCUGAGCAGCAGCACUGAGAUCGUUUUGUAACAACUAUGGCAUCGACCUCACAUUGACAUCCGUGUAUACUCCAUAGUCUAACGGACAAGCCGAGUCCGCCAAUAAAAUCAUCUUCCGAGG